AUGUCCACCUCAGCCCACGCAAAGAAAUAUUGCUCCACAGAGCUCUACCGAUAUGAAGACCACAAUUUUAAAUUCUGGUUCCCAAACGGUCCCAUAAUACCAGAAGACAAGGUUAUUUCAGCGAUUGGGAGUCACCCGAUUCUAGCCGCCUACAAUAAGCACCUUCGCCCAAAGGUGCGUGAGGCACUGGCUUCAGCUCCAUGGCAGACAAUCGGUAUAGUUCGGCUCGGCUUUGCAGAUAAUGAAGAUAAUCCACCUGUUGUCUUAGUGACUAUUAAAGAAGAGAAUGCCGAAGAAAACAUCGUUCAAGCGGCGGUUGAUCGGAUCCGGAACAUAAUGGUUGAAAACGGCUUCUUGGAUGUCCAAGCCGAAGCAAAGACGGGCAUGCUAUUUCCCCAACUCACUUACGACGUGGACAGAGUUAUCCCACUUGAGUUUAAGCAGACACCAAAGACGCACCAGUCUCCAAUCACUCGACAAUUGCCGUUGACGGAGCUAUGGUUCUUCAACGGGCAAGAGCGGAUGUUGAAAAAGAAGACGAAUAUCUUACAGAACGAAUAUCAUGUCGUCAAAGUUGGCUGGACGACUUCAUUGUCGAAGAAAGGAAUGCUAAAAUGGGAUCGAUUCCUGCUAUUCGACAAGCUAGGAGGAACCGCGUCCAAGCGAAUCGCGAGUGGCUAG